GCCCGCCAUUCUCAUAUUGCUUUAGCAGCAAAGAAGUCUAGCUUAGCAGCAGAGAGAAGAGUGUAGAGGAGAACACGAGUACAGCUGAAGCAGGGUUCUAGGACUGGAAUAGCAAAAUCAUCAUGAAGGUAUUUUUCCUGUUGCUGGUGCUAACCAGUUCAACCGUUGCUGCCCCCCUGGAAGCCUCGGGUAGACAAGAACACCCGACCCUGUCUUCCCAGGCUUCCACCAUAGCGCCGAUCCAACCUGAGCCCAGGUCUCGCUUUGCCAUGCUGGACGAUGUUCGCCUACUAGCAAACGGCCUCCUCCAGUUAGGCCAGAGUUUACGAGAGUUCGUCCACAAGACCAAGGCACAGAUCAACGACAUCUUCCAAAAGCUCAAUAUUUUUGACCGCUCUUUUUACCAGCUCUCAGUCGUCACAUCGGAGAUUAAAGAGGAAGAAGAAGAGCUCAAAAAGACAACUAGCUUUUUGAAGGCCAACAAUGAGGAGAUCAAGAAUUUGUCACUGGAAAUCAACUCGAAGAUCAACAACAUCUUACAGGAGCGCACACAACUGCAGAGCAAGGUGGGGAACCUUGAAGAAAGACUGAAGGGCUUGUCGCAGAGCAUGGUCCCUUCUGAUCAGCUUAGUGAAAUCACAUCUCUCAAGGAAGUGAUUGAAGCUCAAGAUAAAACAAUUGCCAAUCUUCUGAAAGCUGUGAAGGAGCAACAUGAUCAGCUGGACUACCAGAAAAUAAAGAUUAAAAACCUGGAGGAAAAGCUCAGCUAUGAGAGUUUUCAAGAUACAGCUGAUAAACUAAUGGACUCAGACUACGAAACUCUCGAUAUGUUUGAAUAUCGGAAAGGAAACUCAACUGGCCUGGAAACAAGUGAUUUUCCCGUGGACUGCACUGAGGUGUUUAACAAAGGAGAAACAAAUAGCGGUGUCUACGUUAUCAAACCAAACCAAUCAGAGCCAUUCAGCGUUUUCUGUGAAAUGAGUUCAGAAGGGGGUUCAACAGUCAUCCAGCGCAGGGUUGAUGGUUCGGUGGAUUUUGAUCAGACAUGGGAAAAGUACGAAAAAGGUUUUGGAGAUCUGGAAAAGGACUUCUGGCUGGGCUUAAAAAAGAUCCACAGCAUUACACAGGAGGGUGUUUACAUCCUUCGCGUUGAUUUGGAGGACUGGAAGGAGGAAAAACACUGGGUUGAAUACCGGUUCUCACUGGAAGGUCCCUCCAAGGACUAUAGUCUUCAUGUCAGCCAUUUCUCAGGUGACCUGCCUGAUACCAUGGCCAACUGCACCGGCAUGAAAUUUGCCACGAAAGACAGAAACACAGACAGCAACCAGAACUCCAACUGUGCACGCAGCUCCACAGGUGGCUGGUGGCUCAAUGCUUGCGGUGAAACCAACCUUAAUGCUAGGCAUGUGUGGCUGAGACCAAAGGGGCGCUUGAUGAGGAGGAAGGGCAUUCACUGGAGGCCAACCACAGGGUCCUCGUACUCACUCAAGAUGACCAAAAUCUCCAUUCGACAAGCUUCAACUGCUGAUAUCUCCAUCUGAGCCCCCUGUCCACACACUAUAUAAUACUAUUGGCUUUUUUUUCCAAUACACGGACAUCCAAAAAGUUCAAUAGGAGGGGGAAGUGACAUAACACAGGCCUUCCAUAUGUCCAGUCUUAAUUCACCCACAACAUUGAGCAGAUUCCUCCCUAACAUUAUUCUGUCAUUGGCUAGUGCUGACCACCAGAUAGCAGACCAAAAAAAUGUCAGAAGUCAGCAAAUGCUGACCUGUUGCAACGUGGCACACAGGUUGUUAACCUACUCUGUCUGAUCCGACAAGGACAGUAAGUAGAACUGUCAUUAUGCAACAUCUGUCACUGCUUGCAAAACAGACAUAUUGAUCCACAUCAGCAAGCUAAUUCAGAAUUGAUUGCAAAGAAAUACAUUGCAGUCGUAUAACAGCAAAUGAGGUUUCUGAGAAUAGACUACAAUUUUGAAACCCACACUGCUUAACAACCACUAAGGUGAACUGGGAUACAUUUAUGACAACAACAAAACAAGGUAUUUUAAAGUGUGUUUGAAAGAACUACAUGUUCAAAGUGGCUAAAGGGACAAAUACCAACAGAUUAUUACAUAAAGCAUGCAAGUUACGUAAGUGAAGGUAAAAAGAUCAUCUCCUGCUUCUGAAAAAAGUCCACUACAAAUUGGCUACAGCGUAACUGUAACCAGUCAAAUUCAGUAGAACACAUUGGGGAUAGAAAGCUUUAGACAGCGCACUGAUUUUUCUUUUUGUUAUUCUUUUAUA